CAUAUACCGUCAAGGUCACGAUAUGUAAACAGGGUUAAGGCACCUGAUUGAUGCAGACGAUUGUCAGUUAGGACAUAGAAAUAUUUUUCUAUGGUUAGGAUUAGGGCUGAAUUUCGGGUCACCUGCCCGUUUACAUCUCGUGACCUUGACGAAAUUUGCAGGUGACUUUAAUAUUUAGAUACAGGCCUAAACCUCGAUCCGUAGCAUAUUUUGAUAAAAACAGUUAUUAUUAUUAAAAUUAACAACAAUGGCUCAACCAUAUCCUAAUAUGAAUCAGGUACAUGGUGGAACAGCUGAAUGUGUAACUAAAGUUGAUAUCAGAAUUGAAUGUAAAAAUUUACUAAAUAAAGAUGUUAUGUCUAAAUCAGAUCCCUGUGCUGUUCUUUACAUGGCAAGAUCUGGUGGACAUUUAUCAGAGAUUGGAAGAACAGAAAAUAUAAAGAAUUGUUUAGAUCCCAAAUUUUCUAAGAGCUUCACUGCCAAUUAUUAUUUUGAAGAAGUUCAGAGGAUUACAAUUGCUGUUUAUGAUCUAGAUAAUAAAACACCUGAAUUAGGUGAUGAUGACUUUCUAGGUCAAAUUGAAUGUACUAUGGGUCAGCUUGUUUCCAACACACCUUAUAUUAAACCAUUGUUACUAAGAAAUGGACAAAAAGCAGGAAUGGGUACAAUCAUUGUAAGAACUGAAGAAAUAAAAGAAGGUGGAGAAAUUCUUCAAGCAACAUUCAGAGCCACAAAGUUAGAUAACAAAGAUUUUAUGGGUAAAUCUGAUCCGUAUUUAGAGAUAUUAAAAGAAACAAUGGAUGGUUCAUGGCAGGUUGUACACAGAACAGAAGUUGUCAAAAAUAACCUUAACCCAAGUUGGAGGCCAUUUUCUAUUCCUUUACAAAUCGUAUGUGGAGGUGAUAGGAAAAAGAGGAUAAGGAUGGACGUAUAUGAUUGGGAUAGUGAUGGUUCACAUGAUUUUAUUGGAGGAUUUAUGACAAAUAUAGAAGAAAUGACAACUCGAGGAAAAGAACCUUCCUGGCCUUGUAUAAAUGAAAAGAAAAAAGCAAAAAAGAAAAAGUACACCGAUUCAGGUGUGGUAGUUCUGACGUCUUGUAAGAUAACCAAAGAUUAUUCGUUCUUAGAUUAUAUUUUUGGUGGUAUGCAGAUUAAUUUUACUGUUGGAAUAGAUUUUACAGCAUCAAAUGGUAACCCACGGGAACCAUCAUCUUUACAUUAUAUAAAUCCAAAUCAACCUAAUGAAUAUGUACAAGCUAUCAGAGCUGUGGGUUAUGUUUGUCAAGAUUAUGAUAGUGAUAAAUUAUUUCCUGUUCUUGGAUUUGGUGCCAAAAUUCCACCUCAGUAUCAAGUUUCUCAUGAGUUUGCUGUCAAUUUUAAUAUGCAGAAUCCAUAUUGUGCUGGAAUUGAGGGUGUGGUACAAGCAUAUAUGAAUUGUAUAACACAAGUACAGUUAUAUGGACCAACUAAUGCAUCACCUAUUAUAAAUCAUGUUGCUAGAUUUGCUGCUACAGCUCAACAAGAAGAACCAACUAAAGGAGCUCAUGCCUACUAUGUUUUAUUAUUAUUAACUGAUGGUGUUUUAACUGAUAUGGCUAAUACUCUAUACAGUAUAGUUCAAGCAUCUAAACUACCAAUGUCUUUAAUAAUAGUAGGAGUAGGUAAUGCUGAUUUUCAUGAUAUGGAUACAUUAGAUGGUGAUAAUGGAGUAUUAAGAGCACCCAAUGGUCAGUCUGCUGUAAGAGACAUUGUUCAGUUUGUACCAUUUAGAGAUUUUAAACGGGCAAAUCCUGCUGAAUUGGCUCGUCAUGUUUUAGCUGAAGUACCAAAACAAGUAACAGGUUAUUAUAAGAUGAGAGGUAUGAUACCUAAUGUAAUGAAACCCAAUCCUCCACCACCAUCUUCAUAAUAAACAUUUCCAUUGAAAGGAUAAUACUGCAUCUCAAUAAUCCAGCUAUGUCAGUCUGCCAACAAAUAUUUGGAAAACGGUAUUUCUUUCAUUGGCUAGUCUAUGGAUGUUUUAAUCAUCAUAAUCAUAGUGUGAUAGGAUGCUGCAUAUGAAUUAUUACUCAUAUAUAUGAGUUUGAAUUUUGGUAAACUUGGACUACUGUACUGGAUGUUAUGAGGCUGGAUUAGCGAGACUAGAUAACACCAACAAAUGUUUUCCAAUUACUGUUGUAGUUUGUUAUAUAAAUCCAUGUUCUCUGCCUUAUCCCCUUCCUCUACUUGUAGUUAAUGAAUGUUAAUGAAUAUGUUUUCCAAUUACUGUUGUAGUUUAUUAUAUAAAUCCAUGUUGUCUGCCUUAUUCCCGUCCUCUACUUGUUGUUAAUGAAUGUUAAUACUCAGUACAAAUUAGUUCAAUUAUCCAGCUAGUCGUGUCUAUUAUAUGUUGGCAUGAAUUCAAAUUAAUCACCUAAAAGAGGAGUUUUGUUCCUGAAAUUACAUGUUAUUUCUUGAUAUUGUGUUCAGUGUAGCUUUUCUACACUAAAAUAUGUUUGUGAUGAUAUAUGUCAGAAAGCUAAAGAAUGAACCCAUUUUGUGUUCUAAAUAUUAUCUGUGGCAUUAAUAAACAAAUGAAAACAUAUACUUAAGAUAUGGUUAACAAUUCUUAUAACUGCAACUAAGUAAUUCUGUGCACAUUUAACUGUAUUUAUACUGAAAUUUUAAUAGCCCAAACACAUUUUGCAUAGUGAGUUUAUAAAGAAACUGCAUUUUGAAUAAAAUUAAUUUCUAGUUUCUGUUUUUGUUCAGAUUUUUAAUUAUGUAUGUUUUGUCUAAUAAAAUGCAGAUUUGUAUAUAUUAUUUUACAAUGUUGAGUAUAUAUAAUAUUUUAAUCAAUUAAAUAAAUUAUUAAAAUCAUUCUCAACAUCUCAAUAAUUGUGUUAAUACCUACUAGUCUGUUUGUAUAGGAAGUAGAGAAUUUAUUCACUUUUGAACAGUAAUAAUAUAGUCUAGAGUAAAGUAAAAUUUCUAAAUUGUCCAGUUUAUGUGAAUUUUAUAGAACCAGGUGGUUGACACUAGAUUCAUCUUGAAACAAGCAAUUUUGAAAUAUUUUAACAGGUUUUUUUUUCUUGUUGAUUUUAUCUAAUUUUAUUACUUUAUUGUUUUGUUAUAUACAAUAUCAGGAAUUUAUACAGAAUUUUAAUAUUUGUAAAAUCGUCUAUUUGUUAUUGAAGCAUUCUGUGUACAUGUUCAUUUAAGAAACAUCUUGAAGAUUGUAAUAAGAUUUUAAAAAUAUUACAAUUACUAUUUUUCUGUCUUGACUUAAAUGUUUUAUAUGAAAUAUUUUAUAUAUUUAAUUUCUUUAUAAAAUUUUACAACUCUAUGUUACAUGUAUAUGAAUAAAC